AUGACGCUCCCCGCACUCGUCCUCGCCCUGUCGCUCCUCAGCGCAAACGCAAGGGAGGCAGCGGCUUUGAGAGAUGAGCCUACUAUCCUCCGGCGGGCCUGCCCAGACUAUCUUUCUUACUCUACAGCUCCUCAACCAGCAAUAGAGUGCAGAACUUUCAAUUCGUCAGCAGUCGAGCAGGUUAUUGAAGACGUCACAUCUCGCAUGAUUGACAAAGAUCUCGCCCAGCUGUUCCGCAACGCCUUCCCCAACACCCUAGACACAACAAUCCGCUGGCAUAUUGAUGGGUUCACAACAGCGAUACGGCAAAGCAAGAGCAAGAAACAGAACGAGCAAUGGACUGGCCCGCAGACCUUUGUCGUCACGGGAGACAUAAACGCAGAAUGGCUCCGCGAUUCAACAAACCAGCUAGCCAACUACCAGACUCUAGCGAAUCGAGACCGGCGCCUCUACAACCUAAUCCAAGGCGCAAUCAACACACAGGCUGAGUUCGUCAUUCAGUCGCCCUACUGCAAUGCAUUCCAGCCGCCGCCUCCGAGCAAUAUUCCACCUGAAGCCCAUAACCAGGAUGACCAGGUCCAUCCCGCGUACGAACCGUCCGUUGUGUUCGAGUGCAAAUACGAGCUAGAUUCCCUAGCCAACUUCCUCGCCCUUACAGCGGAUUUCCACGAAAACACAGGGUCAACUGACUUUCUCACAAGCCGCUGGUAUACAGCGCUUGAUACGCUUCUCGCCGUUCUAGACGCGCAGUCCCAGCCAACCUUUAACACGGAAGGCCAGUUCGUUACGAACCAGUACACUUUCCAACGGACCACAACCCUAGGAACUGAAACACUCAGUCUAGCUGGUGUCGGGAACCCCCUUAACAGCGGAACAGGGCUCAUUCGUAGCGCGUUCCGUCCCAGCGAUGACGCAACGAUCAUGGGCUUCUUUAUCCCCGCGAAUGCCCAGAUGGCUGUACAGCUAAACAAAACAGCAGCUAUGCUCCGCACUGCCGGUGGACAUGAUGACCUUGCAAACAAUCUUCAGGAUCGCAGCACCCGGCUGCGUAGGGCAAUCCAGGAGAACGCUAUAGUCAAUCACCCUAAAUUUGGUGAUGUCUAUGCGUUCGAGGUGGACGGGUACGGAUCCCACGUCUUCAUGGAUGACGCGAAUGUGCCUUCCCUCCUUUCUCUCCCGGUCCUUGGCUACCUUGAUAAAGAUGACCCCGUAUACCAGAACACGCGCAAGAUGAUCCUCUCCAAAGACGGAAAUCCGUAUUAUCUCACCGGCUCUGCAUUCCACGGUAUUGGUGGUCCGCACAUCGGCCUUGAAAACGCUUGGCCCAUGUCCCUUCUGAUCCAAGCACAGACGUCAGACUCAGAUAUUGAGAUAAGGGAGUGUCUGAACCUUGUCAAGAACUCGAGCCUGCUUGGUCUUGUGCAUGAGUCUAUCAAUGUAAAUAACAUCGUCGAGUACACAAGGCCUUGGUUUGCGUGGGCUAAUUCCGUCUUUGCCCAAACGGUACUCAAAAUCGCGGCUGAGCGGCCGGCGAUUGUUUUCGGAGAAGGGGCUGAGCCGUAUAUUCCCUAG